CUGAUAACGAUCGCUCAAAUCCGUCAUUUGUAUGAUGAAAUACUACUGUUAGAGAAAGUAAGUACACUUGAACAGCUGACCGUCGCAGAAAACGAGAACCGAUUGUUCGUGAUGAAAUGUUUUCAAGGCCCAAGAUGCUUACGAACCAGGAAAAGUGCAGACGAAACUGAUAAGAACGCCCUCUCGUGAAGGGCUGUGCAAUGUUAUGAUUGUCGCAGACUAGAUGCAACAGGCGCUAGUAUGAUUUGUGCAAAGAUUGACUUCCUGGGUCGAUCAGUCAGCAGCGAGCAGUGAGACAUCAAACACAUCAACCAGAGCUCGAUUCGGUAGCAUUUCCCAAAGAUGCAAAGAAUAUUUGUGAUCUUAUUGGCGAUCAUCGUUUUCGCGUGCGCAGCAGAGGCUCUCAUCUAUCAGUGUGAACAUUAUGACAGUUUGGGUCAAUAUAACUCACGCCACUGUACCCUGCACGGUGUGAUGGUUGUACACGAUGCGGAGGAUGUAGACUUCACCUCCGAAUAUCCACGUCCGUAUUGGUUUGAGUUCCAACAGUCGGAAAUGGAUGAAAUUCCCCGUGCACUAUUCACAGCAUUUCCCGAGAUGCAAACCAUCGACUUCCGGGAGACGGGCAUCGAGAACAUUAACAAGUUUACGUUCGAGAAGGCAAAGCAUUUGCGUCAUCUGUUUCUACCCUACAACCGGCUGAAGGUGUUAAACAACUUAAUCUUCAAAGGAUGCGAUCUGUUGGAGUGGCUCGAUCUAUCGCACAACCAUUUGCAGGAGAUAAAGGAGAAAACUUUCCACGACAUAUCUUCGCUGACACGGCUCGAUUUGAAUCACAAUCGGCUGGAGACAUUACCGGAAGAGGUGUUUGGAGAGUUACCGAACCUAGCUGAUCUAUCGCUGAACGACAAUCUGCUAACCACGCUUGGUGACCGAAUAUUUGACCACAGUCGGCUUGUUUCGUUGAAUCUUAACUUCAACCGUUUGCGAACGAUUCAUCUGGCGGACACAUUUCAAUCGUGGCAGCAAGUACGUUUGCGUGGAAACUUUCUCACAAGCUUAGUGCUGCCACACGUACCAAUCGCGUUCGAUCUAUCGCACAACAAUCUAACGACGAUUGAGUUUCCAUACGAUCUAAAUGCUGUACAGACGCUUGAUCUGUCACACAAUCUGUUCACUGACAUAAGGAACAUUUCCAAACUGAGCAAUCUGCACACGCUGGAUGUGUCGUUUAAUGCACUGCAAACAUUACCGCUGACUACCUUCUUGAAGAUGAGUCAACUUGGGAAGCUUAAUUUGGAGGCAACCAACCUAACGUCACUGGAACACGGUCUCUUCUCGCAGCAAACCAAUCUAACCUGGCUGGAUGUAUCGUUCAAUCGGUUUCAAGCACUCGACCUGACGGUACUGACGGCUGCAGCACGGCUCGAGCAUCUACACAUCGACGGUAACAAUCUGUCCAGUGUACAGUACCAUCGCUUACCGGCCAUGUUUCCCUCACUAUACUAUCUCGGUUUGUUCGCAAACGCUUGGAACUGUUCGUACCUUGUGGAUCUGGUGCACUUUUGCCGACUACAUUCGAUCAAGGUCGUACCACUAAAAUCGUACGGCACCACGCUAGAUGCGUCCAAUGUACAGGGUAUUUACUGUAAGAGUUCCCAGGAAUCAAUUCUUCCCGCGGUAGCUCCAGUCGAUCAUCCAAUCGGUACGGGCACAUCGUCGACAGAGUUUUCAACCGAUCAACUACUGCAGAUGUUGAAAGAAAUGAACCGCACAACGGAACAACUGAUGCAGGAGAUGGUACGCACGAUUCAUCAACGUCCCGGAGUUGUUAGCGGAGGUUCAGCUGUAGUGACCACUUCCUGUACCCAACUUCACGCCCACAACUAUCAGGUGUUUAUCCUGCUCAUUCUUUCCAUCAUACUGAUCAUCAAUGUAGGUUUUCUGCUGUGGGUACAACACAAUGCGAACGUGCGACGGGCCGUCGAUCGAAUGAUCGUCUUCCGCCACGAACAAGGCGCCUCCAUUCAAACAGCGCUGCAUGAAGAGCUUUAAAGCUUUCAUAUUGCUAUGUAAAGGUGUGUGUAGUUGUUAAGCUUUGAUGACUUUUAGUGAAGAACUUUCCGAUAGAAAUGUUUAAAAUACCAUUUUUUCAUAGAUAAAAAAGAAUGAAUUAUCAUGUUGGUUGUAGUAUCAUCAUGAAUGGAGAUCAGUAGCAGUAGCAUUAAAUAGGAUUUCUCGAGGAAAAAAACCAACGUUGUUCGUUAUUGAAUACAUUUUAAGCAAAACUA